AUGGCUUCGUGCAGCUACAGAGCCCUUCUGCGGGGCGACUUGACCCCUGAGCAGCUGCAGCAGGAGGAGCAGCAGCAGCAGCAAGAAGAGAGGAGGCGGCAGCUGCAGCGGAGAGGCAGGCAAAUAGCAGCAGAGGAAAGACUGCAGCAGCAGCAGGAGCAGCAGCGUCGGGGCCGGGAGGGCCUGGGCCUUCCCUCUUCAAAAUUUGAUUUCUACUGCCCCAGCUGCAAAGUAGAAUAUCAGACCCCACAGCAGCAGCAGCAGCAGCAGCAGCGGCAGCAGCAGCAGCAGCGGCAGCAGCAGCAGCAGGGCCGUGAAGAGCGGCUAAAGCUGCUGCAGGAGCUGCUAGCAGAAGCAAAGAAGGAGAAGCAGCAAGUGCUGCUGCGGCGGCAGAAGCAGCAGCAGCUGCUGCGCACCAAGGCCAUCGUGCGCGGCCCCACAGCAGCAGCAGCAGCAGCAGGUGCAGGCGCAGCAGCAGCAGCAGCAAGAUCGCUGCCAACGGACUACGAAAAGUGGCGCUACUUCGAGCCAGAAAGCGACGAAGAGGAGAAGCAGCAGCAGCAGCAGCAGCUGCUGCAGCACGCAGCACCUGCUGACUCGCCGCAGCUGCAGCAGCUAGAAAAUGAUAUAGAAAAGAGGCAGCAGCAGCGAAAGGGGCAGCGGCACCGUGCUGCUGCGCUGCUGGCAGAAGGGCGGGCCCACGCUGCAGCAGCACAGUGGCUGCUGGCCGAGGAAGCUUUUGCUGCUGCUGCAGCAGCAAAACCAGACUCCCUCCCUGCCCUCAGCAACCUUUGCCUAGCAGCAAUUAAGACAGAGAAGUGGAAGCAAGCAGCAGAAGCAGCAACAAAGCUGCUCGACAUUUGCGAACUUUUCGAAGGAGG